ACGAAAGGUAACACAAAGAGGGAUCAUGAAGGAGUGGUGUCUUUAUGUGCUGCUCUGUGCAGCUCCAUAUUCAACUAAAGGUUUGACAGUGACUUUGUCUGGAGUGAAUCCCAAUGGAUACCUUAUGAACCAAGCCGCUGCGGCUCCGUCGGCUGAACUUGUAUGUAGUUACGACCUAGGCUCCGACACGCAGCCUGCAGAAUAUGUGACAUUUUACAAAGAUGGUGCCGACACUGCUCAUCAAAUAGCAGUAGUUAAAGUAGCAGAUGGAGCUUCUGCGAAACAGAACAGUUACCAGGGUAGAUCCGAUGUCGAAGUUAAUGCCAAUGACCCACAAUAUACUCUCAGAAUAGCCUCUCUGCAGUAUUCUGACGAAGGAAAUUAUACCUGUAAAGUUGUCCUGAACUUCCAACAGAAUACUGUGACGUCAUCGCCACAGAACCUUAUAGUUUUUGGGUUGGAAGUAACAUUAGCUGGUUUGCCUGUCAAUGGGUACGUCAUGAAUCCUGAGGGCGGCAACCCACAACCACUAAACAUUGUGUGCAGUUACACAGUGGAUCAAGGAGAGACAGCUCAGUAUGUGACUUUUUUCAAAGAUGGAACUGACACAGCAAACCAAAUAGUAGUAAUACAGGUAUUUGAUGGAACUCCCAGGAAACUCAACAGCUAUACCACUAGAGCUGAUGUGACGGCUUCAGGCUCUGAUCCAUCAUUCACGUUAACUAUCGGUGGAGUCACCAUGGCAGAUGAGGGGAGCUAUAGAUGUCGAGUUUCCCUUACAUUCAAUGCAGCCGUCGUGACAACUGACGAGCAAAUCCUUAGUUUACUCUAUUGGCCAAAUCCACCCCAGAUUACACGAGGACCUCAAGUUGCCACAGAAAUUUACCGGGUAUCUUGUUCCUCUGAUGGCGGCAGACCAGCACCUGAGAUAAAAUGGUUUAAAAUGCAGAGUUCUGAUCAGAUGGAGGUGGCCAUAAAUGCAACUGCGAACACGGUGAGACCCCAGGGAGACACAUUUCUUGUCGAAAGUGAAGUAGAAGUAAUGGCAACCCAGGCAGAUCCAGUUGAAGUAAUUUGUCAACUAUUAUACGAUUCACUGACAAGUCAAACCAAGACAAGUAUUACAGUGCCUGAGAGUGCAGCUCCUUCAACUACCACUACUACGAAAUCUACUAAUGUUGCAGGGUUAGUAGUAACACUGGCUGAUUUACCUUCUUAUGGCUUGGUCAUGAAUCCCGACAGCGGCAUCCCACCAACUGUGAACCUUGUGUGCAGUUACACAGUGGAUCCCGGAGAGACGAUGCAGGUCGUGUAUUUCUAUAAAAAUGGAACGACCGCUUCAAACCAAAUAGUGGGAAUAGUGAUAUCUGACGGUAGUUACCAGCUGCAGAACUCUUUUGCCUCUAGAACUGACGUGAUGGUUACAGUCUCUGAUCCAUCAUUCACGGUGACAAUUGGCACAGUCACGUCGGCAGAUGAGGGGAGCUAUUACUGUAAAGUUUCCACCAUACUCAAUAAUCCCAUGGCAAUAUCUUCGGCACAGAAACUCAAAUUAGUAUAUCGACCGUUCCCUCCCCAAAUUACACGAGGACCCCAAGUUGCCACAGAUACCUACCGGGUGACUUGUUCCUCUGAUGGCGGAAGACCAGCACCUGAGAUAAAAUGGUUUAAAAUACAAACUUCUGAUCAGAUGCAGGUGCCGAUAAAUGCAACCUCGAACACGGUGACACUCCAGGGAGACACCUUUCUUGUCGAAAGUGCAGUUGAAGUGAUGGCAACCCAGGCAGAUCCAGUGGAAUUGAUUUGCCAGCUACUACACGACUCACUUAUAAGUCAGAUCACGACAAAAACCACUGUGCCUGAAAGUGCUGAAAAACCUACAAACCCGACAGCUCCCUCAACUUACAGCACAGCAAAAUCUACAAAUGCGCUAGGCAAUGCUUGGAGAACCGUAUCGAUCGUUUUGAUCGUGUUAGCAAUGUGUCUUUUUUGCAUAAUUGCAUACCUUGUAUUCCGCAUUCGGUCAUUGUCCAGGAGACUCGAAUCACAAGCAUCUGAACAGCAACAUGCCACUGUUAUUACAAACAAUGUAACAGAACACUCAAACAACAUCAGCAGUCCAUUUUACCAGGUGUCUACACAGCGAUCGACAUAUCAUUCCUCUGGUUUUGAUGGGGUCAAUAUGGAUUUCGACGAUACUGCACUGGCGAAUAGUUACCAAGAACUUCGGCGGGAUAACCGUCUAGAUGGGCAAUAUAUGGAAUCAAUUGCCGUCCAAAGCCCCAAAUGUUAUUGGUGACUAUAAUUACAUUGAGGUUUCCUAGGAUGAUCCCCAGCCUAGACAAUUCAAAAGUGGCCAAGUGAGUGAGUGUAUUAGAUUAUAUGUCUUAGGAAAGAAGGAUUUAACCCUAAUAUAGGGAAUAAUCUAGAAGUGAGCAGAUUUAGUGAUCUUGAACUCCACAUUUUGUGGCAGUGUUAUCGUUGUGUUAUAGUCAGGAACCUCUUAACGUGUGCCUCUAAUAGCACCUAACUGCCCGAGGAUAAUCCCUAGGCUACUCAGUUUUACAGCUAUACUGCUGGAGUGAGUGUAUUGAAUAAUAAAUGAAUUCACGUCUAAGGGCUAAAUAUUAACCCCUUUUAUAGUAGGAAAUUAUUUAGAAAUGCACAGGUUUGGUAAUCUUGAACCUCACAUUGGAUAGUAGUAUUAUGGUUGUAGACUCACGCUGUAUAGUAGUAUUAUGGUUGUAUAUAAAUAAAGAUUUGUGCUUUUUACAUAUGUAACUCCAGUAAAUGAAUGAUUGCGAUCAAAAAUAUUUUAAUAUUGUAUAAUAUUGAAUUAAGAUAUCAUAUCAGCUGGGUGUCAGAAACUAAGGUUAACUCUCUAGUAAUGACAUGGCACAUCUACCAGGCUGAUUGGCAUCAAUCACCAAUACUUAUAACUUGGUCAACUAAUGGCUCUAUUUUAGAAUGUAAGGUUGAAGAUCAAUUAUAAUUUUUUGUCAAAGUGAAUUAGGGCUAACAAACAGAAUAACCUUCUGUAAGAAAAAUUUUAAUCGCCAAUAAACAAUAUAAUAAAUAAAAGGUGUAUUCAUCCAUAGGUUGUUAUAAUAACAAUGUAAUUAAUUGGAUUCUCCUUGGUGUGUUCUCCUUGCCUUUGUAGAGAUAUGGCUAGCUUGGAUUUUUAUCUUGACUGUAGCAUUUGUUUUGAUAUAUUUCUUUUUAAAAGGAUUAAUCAUCAUUAGUUUUAUCACAAUAAGAAAUAUUCAUACAAAAAUUAAAAAAGGAAAUUUACAGGGGGCAAUGGAAAGAAAAUCGUUCACCUGUUGGAUGUAUACUCACACGCAGCCCUACUGACAGUUGGGAUUUAUAUGAUAUGAGCUUAGGUGAAUCAAUCAAGAAACCGAAACUAACACUUUCACCUCAAACUGUUGAUAUGACGUUAUCAUGCAAAAUGACCAUGCUUUGUUUGAAACUAAACAGGGUAUUAUAUAACAGUGGUUUAAAUUCAACAUUGUACAAAGGGGUAUUGAGCUGAUUCUGGCUGACGAAGUAUUUGUCUAUAGUUUUUUACUAACGGAGUAUUUGUCCUUAACUCAGUAUGUAGUGAAUACAGUGUAUUUGUCCCCCCGAUCAUCAGCUAAAUAUUUGACAUUGUUUUACCAUGAUUUCUAACCUUUAAGAUAACAUAUAUCACGUCGUCGAUUACAAGGAUUGUUUUGUAGUGCUAUAUAGCCGUCUGUCUUAGAAUUGAUGAACGGGCAUAAACGACCUUUGUUCAAAAAUGUGGAAAAUUUUACGGUUUUACCAGAUUUUCUAUAAGUACGGGUAAGGAACUGGGCAGUUUUAAAUAAACCCCCAGAUCACAGAUAACAAAUUCCCGUUUUGCUUAUGAUAAUUCAAGUGUCUUCUUAUCGUAGCAUUUAAAAUUAGAUAUUGUAUUUGAAUUCUUUACUUGUACGUCAUUAAGUGGAAGUUAUUCUAAUAAGACAGUUAUUGCGUCUGAAUUACUUAAUUUGUUUUAAUUUGAUAUUUCUGAAAUAUGUAUUGUAAAGUCCUUUGACAUUUUGGAUGCCCUAUAGAACUUAUAAGCAGAGAUUUAAAAGCGGGAAUUUUUAAAAUGUUGUAAAUGAGACAAUUGGUGGCGUUAAUUGUGUUAACAUUACACUUAGACACUGAAUCAUUAUAAAAAGAUAUGAAAAUUUUGUCCUGAUUUUUUUUACUAAGACACUCUCCAUGGCCCCUAUAUUAACACAUAGCUCCAAACCCAGAAGUAUAUAAACAUC